AUUUGGCACAAAAAUGGCAUUUGUUCAUACAUAAGCCGCACUGGACUAUAGGCCGCAGCUGUCCUCACUGUAUUAUGGGAUAUUUACACCAAAAGAUAUUAACCCGUAACACUUUGUUUGACAGCGCCAUCAUAUGACUGUCGUAAAACCAAAUGAACCACCUUGAAGCUUUGAACCAAUUGGCUGCAAAGCUUCAUUGCUUCAAGAGGCGUCAUUUAGCCAUCCCUGCUCCCUUAGGGGAGACAUUCAACCUCUGCUGCCAAAGCUGUUGUUGUCCAACAUGCCUCCUAGCAUGCAUUGCAGCGCUACAGAUGUAAAUAAUAAAAAUUCAUGUUCUGUGCUAAUUAGGUCUUCAAUUACUGUUCCAGUUUUUUCAUUAACUGCUCAUUAUGGUAUUUGGUAAUACUUUAUUUGACAGUGGAGCCAUAAGACAAUUAUAAUUACGACAUGACGCUGUAAUUAGCAUAUAAUGAAUGCUUAUGACAUGUCAUUUAGUGUUAUAUGGCAAAUUAUCUCACUUUUCAAUGGAUGUAAAAGAUCCAAGCUGGACAUUAAAUGGAGUAAGUGACAUAAUUUGCCGGAUGACACUUAAUGACAUCUAUCGUAAGCAUUCAGUAAUGCCCGUGAUUGUCAUGUCAUAAUGAUGACCGUCUUAUGACAGUCUUAUGACGGCGACGGCGCUGUCAAAUGAACUGUUACCUAUAAAUAAAAAAAUAAGCUGCACUGGACUAUACAUUGCAGGAUUCAAAACGAAGGAAAAAAGCGGCUUAUAGUUGGAAAAUUACGGUAAUAUAGAGUAUAGGCCAAAGGUUUUGACACACCUCAUUCAAUGCAACACAAAUGAAGGUCCAGUCCCAUUGAUAAAAGCAAGAGAUUUGACUAAUUAACCCUGAUAAGGCAUACUUGUGAAUUGAAAACCAUUUCAGUUGACUACCUCUUGAAGCUCAAUGAGAAAAUGCUAGGAGUGUGCAAAAAUGUAAUUGGAGCACAGGGUGGCUAGUUUGAAGAUACAAUUUUUUUUUUUAUUUAUUUUUUUUUUUUUUUAAAUUCAUUUAGCCUUUUCUUUGCUAUGUACAUCAUUCCAUACAUGUUCAUUCAUAGUUUUAUUACUACCUUCAGUGAAAAAUUACAAUGUAAAUAGUCAUGAAAAUAAAAUGCAUGACUGAGAAGGUGUGUCCAAACUUUUGGCUUGUACUUUAACAUAUAAAAUGGACAAAUGUAAAUUGAUAAUUGGCUGUGAAUGAGCCUGAGUAACUAUAUCUGGUUUGUAUCUUUUAGUGGAAAAGUUUUCAACGUUACAGUAUAUGGAUUUAAUGCACACUGUACGACCAUUUUUGUCCUUGUAAUCCUGUUUUUAACAAGUGAACAAAUGUGAAAGAGAAUUCCAUGACAUUUUUUUGUCAAAAUGUCAUUCAUUUAAUCUGCUUAUCCCUUGACCUACAGUAUAUGCCUUGUCUGGCAAAAUAAGAUUUUUUUUUUUCCCAACUGGUUGCCAGAAAUAAUUUUAAGAUGUACCACAUCAUUUAAUGUUGAAUGAACAAAUCUUGAAUGUGAAUUCGCUGCUAAAUAUUCCGGUCAAAAUGGAUUGGAUGUCUACCACCGUCAAUGACACUCAAGCAAGCUCAUCCUCUAGCAGUUCCAGGGCCGGAACUUGGGGUGGGUGCUGGGGGUGUGACUGCACCUGGACCAGACCCUUUAAUUUCUAGUUAGUGGGUGUGGUUGGGCGCAAAAAAUCUGGAAGAAGAAAUCUUCUGGCACACCACAAACUAAAAAUGUUCCAAAAUGACUUUCUGUACAGUAUAAGUAAUUAUAAUUCUCAAUACUUAUUCAGUUUGAUAUUUGGUGGAACGUGAGACAUAAUGGAGUAGGUUUCGUCUCAUCCCCGGUGAAAGUUAAUCCAAACAAAAGUUUUCACUGUAUUGCCUUGCCUUUGAGCUGUGUCUUCGCUUUUUAAUUUAAAUUUUUAAAAAAAAUUUUUAACCACGACUCCUGCUAGUGUAGUCGCCUGCACACGACUGAGAACUUUCCACCUGCUCCUUCGUUCCUACUGCAACUUCGCCCGACGACGUCCGCGUGCUGUUAACAAGGCUGAGUGUCCUUCAAAAUACCGUCAAGGGCCACCUUAAUAUUGUUAUAAAUUAUAUAUAUUUUAAAAAUUCUCGCGGCACACCAGUUGAAAAACACUGGGUUAGCUGAUGCGCGAAGCUCUAAUAUGAUGUGUAAAGGCCGUGUUCAACUAGCAGCAGCCUAGUGUGAAGGGUCCAGCGGCAACCCAUUUAUUGUGUAAGUGGGAAGGGAUUUUUUGGGUGAAAGUGAGUGGCGCCCGGCCGUUUUGGGGAGAAUGGCAAGUUUGAACGAAUUUGCACCAAGAGGCGGGGCCCAAAAUGGAGUCUUAUUCCAUUUUCAGACUGCCGCCUCGCGGAUGUCAACUUAUCCAAUAGCAGAUGGGCAGGCGUAUCUGUGCUAUCUGACUGUUUCGGCGGCCGGAUAUACACAAACCACGGCCGACGAAACCUUGAUAAAUGCGCUUUUUUAAAGAUUUGCGAGCUCUGGGACUCUCGAGAAAUGACUGUCAUACCUCUCCUUGCUAAGCUAAAUGGUAUCUCCAUGUGUUUGUUUCGAAUUGUAGUUCACAAACAACAAAAAACACUUCACCUUCUCACUGGAACUAGUAGAAAUCUUUACACCAGGGGUCCCCAACGUUUUUUGCACCACGGACCAGUAUUAUUUGAGUCUUUUUUUCCACGGACCGGUAUUCUGACAAAUUUUGCAACCCGUCAAAAAUUGCAACGGUGCUGUUCUGCGCAUGCGCGUAACGUUAAACAUAGCCGCAAAAUGCGCAAAUGCAGCAAUUUUAAAGUAAACACUAAACUUUCUUGAAAGAAAAGAAUAUUAACUUACGUUUGAUCAUGGAAGGACUUUUAGAAAAGUUCUCUUCAGAUACAUCCUGCCAUGUAAGCUGCACACAACAACUUCACACCGCUCUCGCCAUUAACGACUUCGUCUUGUCGUUAAACAUUAAUUAGGAAAGCCCGCUUCACAAAGAUACGAUGUCGGAAAUUGUAGCAAGGUUUUCAAUGUAGCGAUGUCAGGAUAUUCCAGAAUGACUUUAAUCGGUAGAGUUGUUGUCUCAAAUGUACAUUUAAUAAGGUCGCCGUCAGUUGCGAUCUCUACAACUUCAUCUUACUGUUGCACAAACAUGCUCGAAUUACUCGGUUUAUUCACAAACGGGUCAUGAAUCCACUCCUUCGCAGUUCGUGGGUCUUCGAGGUUGUAGGCUCGUCAGGUGCCCUUUACGCCGUAAAAAUAUCUCCAAAUACGUCUGUUUUCCAGUCAUCUUCGCUCGUGUGGGGGCGAAUCAUUUCCGUGUUAAAUGUGCUGCGCCCGCGGCCUAGCAAUACGUUAUUAUGGAGGACAAGCGCACAUAGAUAUAUUAUAUACAGAAACAAGAUGUUCUGUUAGCCGUCCAAUCAAUGGAUUUCUAUGACGACAUUAUAGUCUAUCCCAUAGUAUUAUAUCUAGAGUAGACAGGGAUAUUGGUGUGUUAAGCAGGGGCACAGGGUUAAUUCUGUCUGAAUGCGGUCGUUAUUAAAUUAUUAUUUCUGUGCGGCCCGGUAGCAAAUGCGCCACGGACUGGUACCGGUCCGCGGCCCGGCAGAUGGGGACCCCUGCUUUACACGGCUAUUAUAACGCCCCCUAUUCCUUGAAAUAGGAAAAGUCGGUGUUUUCUUGUGCAAUAAUGAAAAAUAAACGUAUUGGUGCUUAGGACUAUAGUACAUAUGCUUGCCACUUUUCAGUUCCUGACAGCGUCUACGUCAGGCAAGGGCGUAGGUUUGGGCUCAACGUUACUAGGCACGAUAUAACAGCAUGACUUGCAUAUACACUUUUUGCUGGGGACGGGACAUUAAUAAGACCAAACUGAUUAUUGAACGGGCGUCAGGGCCACAUUUCUCACAAAUAUGAACCUAAUUAAUUGAUAGGUGAAAUGAUCAAAGCAAAAUAAAUUUAUAUUGACAAAAACUACUAGAGAAACAUUUUGAAGUGCGAGUCCCUUUAUUAAAAAUGAGUGCUAUCCAAGAAUGGGUUCACUUUUGGGGGGACACUGGAGCACCCCUAGACUCAAACUCUUACAAGUAUUGUAAUAUAAAAGUGAUUUGGGGGAAAAAAAUCAUGAAAAAAAUAGUUUUGCAAGUUAGCAAUUUCAUAUUGAUUAAUGCAAUGCUAACUCUGAUGCAGGUCUGACUUUUAGUAGCACAAACAUUGACGUCUUUUUACAUUACUUACAGUGGCUUGUGCUAGCUAAAAAAAAAUUCUUACAUCCCUUCUCUUCGAAGGGUAUGGGGGAGGCGACAUGUUUCAUUUCUGUCGGUGGGGUUGUGUGAGUGUGCAUCUGCGUCUGUGUAGCUGGAGGAGGGGUCGAGGGCUCAAGUCACCAGCCAAUCAAACGUGCUGUUGAGGGGGAAAAAAUGGACCGGCACAUUCAGUAAGUGAAAAGGGAUAAAUGGAAGUCUAAACUUAAUGAAAAUAAUUCACUAAUGGUAUGGUAUAUUCUAUCCUUACAACAAAUGGGAAGGGAGUCUAAAUUACCCAUACACUGGAACUCGUUAUAUAAUAGUUAGUGGGGACAAUUUGAGCAUCCUGAAAAGUUGGUAGCGUUAUGUCCCUACCGUCCCUAAGCAAACCUACGCCCUUGACGUCAGGCUACUGGCUCAUCCUGAUUUGUGCUCGCCGUGGACCGCUCAUCAUACUGGGCUGACACUAGUGUGAGUAGGCCUCAAGUAUUAAAAUAUCUCUGCCAGCUGGUUGUCUGAAGGGGGUCUGCAAAUUGUCCACACCCCGUGCCCUGGUCACAUUUGUUCCGCCACUGAGUAGUUCAAAUAGAUUGGACUUCUACCACGGUCAAUGGAAGGCAAUAAAUUAACCCAUGCUGUAAACCCACCCAAGUGUAAAUAUGAUGGAAUCUUAUUUCCCCAUAACUAAAAUGUAAAAAAAUAAAAAUAAAAAAAUACCAUUACAAAGAAGCGCUUGUCGUGGGGCGUGGUUUGCAUGAGGUCAACGCCUUGACGUCACCGGUCGGGGCUUUCCUCCAUGACGUCACGCGGCGGCGGGGAGAGCUGGAGCUGCGGCUAUUGCACACCGCCAGAGCACCGCGCUCGCUCACCGGGAGCAUCGAUUUUUCAGGCCGCUGUCAGCCUCCGACAGGCGGGCUCGCGAAGCAGGAGGCGUCGGUCCUGGAGCUUUUUCUGCGUUGGAGCGGGCAAAGGAGGGAAGCCCACGCGAGACGCCUUCGUGGGGGAAAAGCUGAACUUGUGCAACACAACAUGCCUACUGUCCACCGCAGUUUGAUGGUGUUCUCAACAUUAAAAGAGAGUAAAUCUCAACCGCAUCUCUCCCUCUCUGUCACAUCAGCGACACGGUGCAUUCAGUGCAUGAGACGUGUGACCAGCAAACAGCAAGACGAAGGAUCUCCCCUAAGCAAGAAGUACGUGGACUAUUUUGCCUAUUCUGGGGUUUUUUCCCCACACUGAAAGAUCAUCAACACUGGAGAUGUGAGAUUUUCUUCAGUUGUCUUUUGGUUUCUCGCUAAAAGUCGCCAAGAGGAAGUUUUGUUAUUCUUCUUGGUCUCCAACUGUGACUCUUUUGGGCUAAAAAUGGGCUCGGAGAAAGACUCGGAGUCACCGCACUCUUCGCUGAGCGGCGUCCCCAACCCAAAGUGCCGAGUGGCUGGAAAACGUCGGCGCCGCAUCUCCUUCCAGAGCCUCUUCCACGGCAAACGGGGCUCUCGGGCGGCCAAAGGCGCUAAAGGAGGGGCUGCCACCCCACUAUCCCACCUUCACUACGCACAGCAGCAGCUUCUACCGUCGACUGCCUUGAGCCCGGCCGCCUUGGCGCCGCUUGCACCCGUGGCUACCAACGCCCCGGGCCCCGAGGACGUGGCCCCCGGCAGCCCCUCCGGGCAUCUUUCCUCCAGCCAAGCCUCCUUGGGCGGCGAGGCCCCUUCAGGGGACGGCGAUUUCCUGGAGUGCCCCCUGUGCCUGGUGCGCCAGCCGGCCGAGCAGCUGCCAGAGCUGCUGGGCUGCAGCCACCGCUCCUGCCUGUGCUGCCUGCGCCAGUACCUGCGCAUCGAGAUCACAGAGAGCCGUGUCCAGCUCAGCUGUCCCGAGUGCGCCGAACGGCUGGCGCCCCGGCAGGUGGCCGACAUCCUGGAUGACGCGGCCUUGCUGGAAAAAUACGAGGAGUUUCUGCUUCGCCGCUGCCUAGCCUCUGACCCCGACUGCAGGUGGUGCCCGGCGCCCGACUGCGGGUUUGCCGUGAUCGCCUCGGGUUGCGCCAGCUGUCCUCGGCUGGUGUGUCGGCGCGAGGGAUGCGGCGCGGAGUUCUGCUACCACUGCAAACAGGCCUGGCACCCCAACCAGACCUGCGAUUCCGCCCGGCAACAGCGGGCACAGUCGCUCCACACGCACAGCACCCACUCGCCAAGCUACACCCAGGAGCAGGGACCUGCGGACGACAUCAAGCCGUGCCCGCGCUGCGGCGCCUACAUCAUCAAGAUGAACGACGGCAGCUGCAAUCACAUGACGUGCGCCGUGUGCGGCUGCGAGUUCUGCUGGCUCUGCAUGAAGGAAAUCUCAGACCUGCACUACCUCAGUCCGUCCGGCUGCACCUUCUGGGGCAAAAAGCCGUGGAGCAGGAAAAAGAAGAUUCUGUGGCAACUGGGCACGCUAAUCGGCGCCCCCGUGGGCAUCACGCUCAUCGCCGGCAUCGCCAUCCCCGCCAUGGUCAUUGGCAUCCCCGUUUACGUCGGACGCAAGAUCCACGCUCAUUACGAACUGAAGAAGACACCUCGCCACCGCAGGAACUUGGCCAUCACGGGCGGCGUCGCCUUGUCCAUACUUACCGCACCCGUCAUUGCGGCCGUCAGCGUUGGCAUCGGCGUGCCCAUUAUGUUGGCGUACGUUUACGGUGUGGUCCCCAUCUCGCUGUGCCGAGGAGGCGGCUGCGGCGUGAGCAGAGGAAAGGGUCGGGGAGUUCGAAUCGAUUUUGAUGAGGACGACGGACCGAUUACAGUUGCAGAUGCAUGGCGAGCUCUUAAAUCACCAAGCUUGGGUGAGAGCAGCCUAGAUGGCGCGGCGAGCGGUCUGAGCACCACCUCCCCCAGCGAGGGGCUCUCGGUGGUGCCGGGGACAGUGGGGGACACGCCCCACUUCAACACGCUAGCCAGUGGCGCUCUAGGGGCCCGCACUGGCAAAUACAGCAGGCUGGAAGUCCAGACAGCGGAGUUGGCCAAGGAGUCGGCCCAGAAGGAGACGGGCAGCUUGGGGGCGGGCAGCGACUGCGCUAGUACGCGGGGGAUGGCCGGCUCAAUCAUCUCUUCUUACACGCUGCCUGAUAGGGAGUGCACUAAUCUGGAAAUCCAAGUGGACAUCGAGACCAAACCCAGCCAUCUCUGCCUGACCAGCGAGGAGGACCUGACUCCGGCUGUGGCCGCGGCGAGCGUUUCGGGAGCGGAGGAGCCCCUGGACUGCAGCUCCAGACGAGGUGGCGCGCCGGGACUGUCGCCGGGCGGAUCGGUGCGUGACGUCACCUUGGCCCAGCCGGAGAGCAUCCGCAGCGACCUGGAGAUGUCCGACACGCAGUCGGACGACAUCGCCGAGCUGACGUCGGACGACUGCGACUCGCCCAGGCCAAAGGGACCUCCACCCGCGCGGGCGGGCUCAUGCCGGGCCCUGAGCACUCCCGCCGAAGGCCUUCGCUGUCCCGCCGACGCCAACGUCGUCCUAAGCCUGGACAACCUCGCGUCCGGCUGACAAUCACCUCAUUGUCAGAGUUCUACCUCUGAAAUUCACACGAGGGUGUUUAACCCGCGGUGCAAAAACGCCUUGGCUACUACUAAACCACACACAAGAGGUACAAGUUUUACACAGAAGUGGGUGAAAGGGCGGGAGUCAACAAUUCUUACGUUUGGAACGUACAUGUGCGAGUGUAGGAACCAUUGUGGCUUUAUUUUCCUCCUCUCCCGUUCUAUUUGACUUGCGAUUGUGUUCUCUGUUGCGUGCAUGAGAGCGCAUGAGCACCCCCGUGUGGAAUGUUUUUCAACCACAAUACAAAAAGAACAAUUCAAGAGUCAAUAAUAUUGUGCAAGAGGACACAUUUUGGUGUAUACACUGGCGCCUGGAGAUACGAGUGACUGGACCUAGGAAUUUUUCCACUCAUGAGUCGUUUUAAUAGUUGAUUUGCUUUGAACUGAGAGCAAAAAUUUGAGAUAAGAGCACAGUAUGUUGGAAGUGAAUUU